AUGAGUAUUUCUUGGGCAGACUAUAAUGCUGCUUUUCAGAAGCAAGGUAUUGCGCCUGUUCAACCACCACAGCAACAACAGCAACAAAAUAUUUCUUGGGAUGCUUAUAAUGCUGCCCUAAAGCAACAAGGAUUGGCACCAGUCCAACCACAACAACCACAACAACAACCACAACAACACAUCUCCUGGGAAGCAUACAAUGCUGCAAUGCAACAACAAGCUUUUGCUCAACAACAAAUUCAAGCUCAACAACAAGCAUUAGCUCUACAACAACAACAACAACAACAACAACAGCAGCAGCAACAACAGCAACAACAGCAGCAACAACAUAUUUCAUGGGAAGCAUACAAUGCUGCACUUCAAGCCUUGGCAAAGCAACAACAACAGCAACCGGUUCAAAGUCAAAACCCUCAAUCAAUAAACUGGGCUGACUAUAAUAGAAUCAAUGGUUUUCCACCUAAUUAUCGUGGUCCAAACACUCCACCAGCUGGAAGUGUUCCUGUACCUGCUGUAUCAAAUACCAUAAGUUGGGAGGCAUAUAAUAAAGCAAACAAUCCACUUGCACCAACAAUGCCAACUGCAAACUCCAGUUACAUAGAUUGGGAGGGUUAUAAUCGUGCAACUGGUCGACCUUUAAACUAUAGAGGUGAAGGAAUACCACCUGCUGGCACAGUAAAACCAGCUGCAAAUGCAACUGCUAUUAGUUGGGCUGACUACAAUAGAGCAAAUGGUUUUCCACCAGAAUAUCGAGGUAAUCCUGUAACAAAUCAAAAUCCAGGAGCAAAACCAGGUAUGCCUGCACCAGGGGCCACAUCUAUUUCAUGGGAGGAUUAUAAUAAGGCAAACAAUUUUCCACCUGGAUACAGAGGAGGCAGCCAGGCAUGUCCUAAAGCUAGUAUUCUUCCACAGCCAAAUGCUACAUCUAUUAGUUGGACUGACUAUAAUAGAAUCAAUGGCUUUCCAGAUAACUACAGAGGCACAACUCCAGGAAACAAACCUCCACCUCCACCAGCAGGUGCAACCUCAAUAAGUUGGGAGGCUUACAAUAAAGCGAAUGGAUUCCAUCCAAACUACCGUGGACCAAAUUCGUCACCAGCAAACUAUGUUGGAACAAAUGGACAACCACUUCCAGCACCAAAUGCUCCUACUAUCAGCUGGGAAGCUUAUAACAAAGCAAAUGGAUUUUCUCCAAACUAUAGAGGUCCAGGUAUAACUCCAGCAGGAUAUAUUCAACCUCAACCAACAGCACCACCCUUUGUAUGGGCAGAGUAUAACAAACUCAAUGGCUUCCCAGCUGAUUACCGUGGUGGACCACUUCCCACACCUCAGCCAACCCCUACAACUCCAUCAGCACCAAAGAUCAUUUGUAGCAGACCAAGCAAUGUUUAUAUUUGCAGUGUGUGUGGUGCUCACAUCAGAAGACAAUAA